AUGGAAAUAACCCCCUUCGCCGCUGCCGCCGCUGCCGCCGCUGCCGCCGCCGCAGAGGCCUCCCUAUCGGAGACGUCCACCAUAUCCGCGCUCGAAAUCCCCAGUCACGAUAGCAGCGCCAGCAUGAUCGUUGUGGUGGAGGAGAAGGAGGAGGAAGAGAAGCGAAGGAAGAUAUCGCCCUCCGUCGUGGAGCUCAACCUGCUCGGGAACCUCGACGGCGGCGUGGAGGGAAACAGAUGGCGGAGCUCUCCGGAGCCGCCGGGUUCGGAGGCGCGAGUCUUCUCUUGCCACUACUGCCGGAGGAAGUUCUACAGUUCUCAGGCGUUGGGCGGACACCAGAACGCCCACAAGCGGGAACGCAGUCUCGUCAAGCGCGGCGGCGCCGCCCGGCUGGGCGGCGCCGCUGUCGGCGACAACUACUACCCGCUCGGCAUGGCGUCGCUGCCGCUCCACGGGUCCUUCGCCGGUAGGCCGCUGAGCAUCCAAGUGCACUCCAUGGAAGCGGCAUGGCCGUUCUCUCUACUCGCCCAGCGUGCUCCGCUGGGCAGGUUUCUCGGAUCCGAUUUCGGAACCGGCGGCGCGGCCGGGAGAGGCUUCUGGUGGGGGAAACGCGAGGGGGACAACCUGAAAGCCACUCAAGAUCUGAAGAAGAUAGACUUGAGCCUCAAACUUUAG